GUAGAGGCAGUCUCUAGUACAGGAGGCGUUUCAAAUACUCGCGAGGCAUAAGCGAAUAGGCUACGACCGGCAGUUACCCCUUUGAGAGAAGGUGGAAUUGAACACAAAAUUAUGAUUUUGAACGAAAAUGAAGCAACUGAUGAGGUCUACAGGUGAAUACUAUUAAUGACCUCUCCCAGUGUGGCAAUUAUUUAAAAAACUUUAUCAAAAAACGAAUAAUUUGAAACUAGAAAAGACUGUGUUCUAUAAAGAGGGAAGAACCUUGUAAUAUGAUUCGAGAUGCGCCCGUUUCAGCUCGUGGUUCGUGGCUUUGUGUGAAAGGGUUGUCUAUUCCAAAAGCUAGUAGUAGAUGGCGCUGAUAGAAAGAUGCCACGAAGUACCAUCAAAGGUUACGAGAACAGGGAAGGUCGGAAUCCACAGAGCGCACGAAGUCAGCGCCUACAGUCCUGUGCAAAUCUGUGAUAUCUGCUGCAAAAACAAGGAAAUUAAGAAGAAAAGCAAGAAUCAGAGUAGAAUUGUGAAGAGUGCUGUACUGUGGCAGUCUAGAAAAAUAUUUGGGCUUCUUUUCUGAAUACUUAUUCCAGAAAGAACAUGCAGCAUGGUGUUCACAACAACGAGAAGAGAACCACGGUGUAUAAUCUUACACCGUGGAAGAAACGAAUUAUUAACCCGUAUAAGAAUGUUCUUUGCGAUGAUCGACAUUCGAGAAAGCUAAGAAUGGAUUGUGUGAAAAUACAAAAAUAUAGAAUAAACUAUGAAGUUGGACCAACACCGAUUAGAAUACUGAAGGGGCACAUUAAAUAGCAGUAGAGUAGUUUGAUAAAAUAAACUACUUUCUACUGCAAAUGCAGGAUGUGUGAAUUAGCACCAAUUAAAUUGACAAAUUACUUCAAAAACAUUUUCUAAAAGAACUUGAGCAUCAUCCAAUAGACACUCAGGAACAUAGGGAGUUAACGAAGUAUAUUUUGCUCUACCAAACAUCUGAUCAGUGAAGACUGCUUCUUCAUAUGUAAUUUAACAUUUUUGGCAACGAGGAGAAUGUAUCCUCCUCCUAACACUACAAUUUUUACGAUGUGUGCUGUAAAACAAGAAUACAGAGGAAAACUAAAUAAGUUUUACAAAGGAUGGAACCAAAUAAGUGAUGGAAUUUAGGUCUAAAGACAUUUAAUAAUUUACCAGCUUUCUUCAGUGCUCCUCUUGUAUGAGGAACCUUUGUGAAAAGUAUAUUGAUCUGGAGAUAUUGGUAUCAAUUAGAAGAGGGAGUUUGUGCAUUUAAUUAUGUUCUUCAUGGAUUCUUCACUUCGUCGAUACGUGAAGAGCGUAUGUGGGUGUGUGCCAGUGAGUGAGGUGCCAAGUGUUCCAGUGGUAAGCAAUGAAGUUAAUAGUAGUCAGUAGUGUGAUUACUUUCUAAAAAAUAAGAAAGCAAAAUGAAGAUUUAGUUAUUUUAUUGUGGAAUUAGCGAUGUGUUAUUUUCUUGAGCAAGUUUUUACUGGCAGUAAAGGAUCAAGAAAUUCGGCAUUAUUGUGAACUCUUUACCAAAUUCAUAUGUGCUUGAUAUGGAUUGUGGUUUGUUCAUGGUCUGUUACGUUUCCAUGCGUCUUGAUUUUGAUGAACGCAUUGGUUAAAUAAUAUCAUUAAUAGUUUGCAUUCUAUUCUCUACUUCUUAUAUUUUUCUCUGUACUAAUAAACUGCUUUCAUACCCUUCAUUGGUGAUAGUUCAACAUUGGAAUAUCACAUGUUCGGAAGAAUUUCUGUUUUUAGUUAUUUCUUGGAUUCCACAUGACAAGUAUUAAGCACAAUGUAAUUUGGAAUGGAUGUAAUUAUUGAACACUUAAUUAUAUUUGGAGUUCCAAUUCUGUUGUACACUUAUAUUGGAGGUUUUUUGUAUUUUAAGUUUUUAAUUGUCAAAUUGUUCUGUUUAAAACACUUAAUGAAGGGUAGAACUUGUCUACGUACUUUAUUUUAUUUCUCUUAAGUUUUAUAUAAGCAAAGUGAAAAUGCAAAAUAAUGUUAAGGUAUUGUUGCAUAUAUUUUAUUGCAUUUAUGUGAUUUAGUUUCAUAAAUUACAAUAGGUUAGUCACUUGACUUCGCAAAUAGGGAUUUUAACUGAACAUUUGAUAAGUUCAGCUGUGUAUCUAAUGUUAUCUUUUAUGUAGAAUGGAUGAUGAGCUAAAGUUGUAAUUGCACAGGUCCAGCUAAAAGGAAAAACACAAAAGUUACAAAAGAAAGUGCUACAUACGCAUAAUACAGAAAAUCGAAAACCAAAAAUAUUGUUUCAGGACUAUCAGUUCUUUUUCUCUAAAGCUAAUGAAUUGAGGGAGGAAUAAGAGUCCAAUCAAUACAAUGACUAUUCACUACGAAUACUGAUUUAAAAAGUUCUUGAAAAUGUAAAUAAAAUGUUUUGUAUUGACAAAGAUUUGUUGAUGUACAUUGUAGUGCCCUAGUGGUGUCAGAUGCCACCGCUGUGAACGGGGUUAACAUUGUAAUUACCGCAUGAAAGUAACUUGAUCCUGUCAACAUGGUGUAUUUGACUUUCAAUGGUGUGAGGCCAGAGGAAGUGGAUAAAUUUGUAAUUUCUUAACUUCAGAAUUUAUAUCUUUGGUAUAGACAGUUUUGUGAACUGAUUAUGUUUAGUAUACUGGGCUUUACAGCAUUCAAUUUAUUCCAAAUAUUUUAUCAUAAGAAAUUAUUUGCUUAACCGAAGAAAGAAGUAUUUUACGGUGUCAAAAUCACUAAGUAGAUAUGUUGGCAUUUUUAUGUAGAUUUAGGUUAUCAAAAUCCUAGCCCUAGUGAUAAUUCUAAUUUGAAAUUAAAGAGUAUCUUUGUCCCAAGUUUCUUACGCCCCUGUGAAAAUAAAAAUUGCCAGUUCAGAAAAUAUUUACAUUAGAAAUUUUUGUAUUGAUUUAAAUUUAGAAUCUUCUUUUUCAUUGUUUUUUGCAUUAAAGAAAAUAUUUUGCUACAUGAGCUUUGUUGAAAAUAGAAAAAUGAAAACAUGGUGGCUUAGUUAUCAUGUACUACAGGGAAACCGUCUAGUGCGUAGUAAUGUCUACUGCAAGAUAACUAAAGGGGUAAAUGCCCUUCCUUGGGGAUACAAUUAAUACACUGAACACAAUAUUGUUUUAAAGACAAGUUUCAAUUGAAGAAUAAAACAACUGAAACAUCAACUUGCAAACCUAUGUACUUCCACCAAAAGUAGUUCUGAAAUGAAUGAGUUUGAAAAAGAUCAGUGUUGACAAAUUUUGUGAGAAUUGGCAUGCGAGGAUUGUAGAUUAGUUGCAAAAAAAUCAACCAACAAUAACUUCUUGACUUAAAAUUUUAAUUUGAAUGUUGAGUUUUCAAACUGUGCAACUGAAGAAUGUUUAUAAACAAAACUAAAAAGUUAUUUUUCUUUGAUAUCUCUAUAUUAAAGACAAUCAUGUAUUAAAGCAGAACACACACAAAAUGAAUUAUUCAUAUA